AUGCCUCCGAGUGCAAUCGAUAAUGGCGCAGGCGAAGCCGUCAAUCACAAGCCACGCAAUUCCUACCAGAGCACAAUGCCUGACAAUGAUUUCAACUGGCAAAUCACGUUAGCUCACAAGGUCGUGGCUAUCACAGGUGCUAACCGGGGCAUUGGGCUUGGAAUUGCUGAAGUCUGCCUCGCCAAUUCAGCCCAAAUGGUUUACUCUCUGGACUUAAUGGAGCCCGGAGAGGACUUCGCCAGCCUACAGAAACGAUACCCCAAUUUCCAAUUCAUUCAAACCGAUGUCACAUCCGAAGAAAGCGUCCAGAAGGCUGUUGAUCAAGUGGUGGAGGAAACCGGCCGUAUUGAUGGCAUGGUGGCCAACGCUGGGAUGACGAAACACCAGCCUGCUCUCGACUUUGAGCGAUCUGAACUCGAGAAGCUGUUCAACCUUAAUGUCUUCGGUGCUUAUUCCUGUGCGCAAAUUGCGGCUCGAAAAUUCAUUGAACUUGGCAUCAAGGGUUCGAUAGUGAUGACUUCCAGUAUGACUUCCUACCGACCAAACCGAGCCGCGCCUUCUGCCCCAUACGGAGCAACUAAAGCUGCUGUUCGGAAUAUGUGCCACACUCUCGCUAUGGAGUGGAGCGAGCAUGGUAUUCGCGUCAAUAGUAUAUCGCCUGGUUUUGUGCGGACUGCCAUGACAUACUACGUGGAAAAGGCAGCCGAUUGGGAUCUCAAGAUGCAGUAUUAUGGCGGAAUGCCGCGCUUGGCAGACCCUCGCGAAUUAGGCGGCGCCUAUGUCUACCUCCUCAGUAAUGCGAGCUCUUAUACCAGCGGGAUCGAUAUCCCGAUCGCGGGGAUUGUCGGGGCGUGGUGA